UCCCUUGAGGAAAACAAAGCAGCAUCAACUUCCGGUCGACAGUUAGCUCACUGUUCGUUCAACAUUUCUGCUCAGGGAUUUACUGCACAUUUCGCUGAGUUAUAAGUUACCGGGUUAUGCUGUGAUGUCGGCGAGCUCCAAGAGGAGACGAGCCUCCUCUCCCUGCAGCAGCAGCGCUGCCAGCGGAGGCGCGGAUUUGGCUGCCUCGACUCCUGGGAGAAAAAGAAAGAGAACUUCAUAUAUUCCUCCUGUGGAUACAAUUGCUGUAUGUCACGGACUGUUCCACGCUGUCAGGGACUAUAAGGAUGACCAGGGGAGGCAGCUUUGUGAGGUUUUCCUUCGGGUACCAAAGAGGAGGAAUCAGCCUGAUUAUUAUGAAGCAGUUUCCCAGCCCAUCGACAUGACAAAAAUCCAGAACAAGCUCAUAUCCGAGGAGUAUAACGAUGUGGAGCAGCUUACUGCCGACUUCCAACUGAUGUACAACAAUGCCAGAUCCUUCUACAAACCUGACAGUGAGGAGUACCAAGCAGCAUGUAAGCUUUGGGACGUGUAUCUGCAAUCAAAGAAUGAGUUUGUGCAGCCUGGAGAUGGAGAGGAUGAAGAUGGGGAUGAUAUAGAGGAGAAUCCAUGGCUAUCUGCUGAAGAAGAGACACCAGGCAGCAGUCUGAAGGAGGUUCUUGAGCAGCUUUUGGAGGCGAUCGUGUUCCACACCGAUUCCUCGGGGCGAUGUGUCAGCGAGUUUUUCCAGAAACUGCCUUCGAAAGUGCAAUACCCAGACUACUACGCUAUUAUAAAGGAGCCAAUAGAUCUGAGAAUGAUUGCUCAGAGAAUACAGAUUGGACAUUAUAAAUCUAUCAGUGCUAUGACGAAGGACAUUGACCUCAUGACCAAAAAUGCCAAGACUUACAACGAACAAGGAUCUCAGAUUUUCAAGGAUGCUAACACCAUAAAGAAAGUAUUUAUCCAAUUAAAGACUGAACUUGAACACGCUGAACCUACAUCGAGCGUCCUCAUCAGGUCUGGACAGGGGGGCCUUCUCUCCAGCGGUACUGUUGCUCUUCAAUAUGGCUCAGAAAGUGAGGAAGAUCCUGUGCUUUCAGGAGGACACUUCAAUCUGGACAAUGACCCUGAAGUCAACAGACUCAGCUCAGUAUGGCAACAGCAAAGCUGGCAAUCGGACGGAACUCAUGGGCAGUACAUGGACGAAACGGGUCUCUGCUGGGUUUGGCAGUCCUGUCACCAAAACACCAGAGGUGGUGACAUGGAAGUCAAGGACGAGAAGAUAGAUGACCUUGGACUUAAAAUGGUUGACGUGGCGUGUGCAGGUGGUGACAUGGAAGUCAAGGACGAGAAGAUAGAUGACCUUGGACUUAAAAUGGUUGACGUGGCGUGUGCAGGUGGUGACAUGGAAGUCAAGGACGAGAAGAUAGAUGACCUUGGACUUAAAAUGGUUGACGUGGCGUGUGCAGGUGGUGACAUCGAAGUCAAGGACGAGAAGAUAGAUGACCUUGGACUUAAAAUGGUUGACGUGGCGUGUGCAGGUGGUGACAUGGAAGUCAAGGACGAGAAGAUAGAUGACCUUGGACUUAAAAUGGUUGACGUGGCGUGUGCAGGUGGUGACAUCGAAGUCAAGGACGAGAAGAUAGAUGACCUUGGACUUAAAAUGGUUGACGUGGCGUGUGCAGGUGGUGACAUGGAAGUCAAGGAAGAGAAGAUAGAUGACCUUGGACUUAAACUGGUUGACGUGGCAUGUGCAGAUGGUGACAUGAAAGUCAAGGAAGAGAAGAUAGAUGACUUUGGACUUAAACUGGUUGACGUGGCGUAUGCAGAUGGUAACAUAGAAGUCAUGGACGAGAAGAUAGAUGACCUUGGACCUAAACUGGUUGACGUGGAGUAUGCUGGUGGUGACAUGAAAGUCAAGGACGAGGAUGAUGAUGCUCCUGUGACACCUUCGAUGCCUCAAAUGCAAAGCUCUCUGUCAAGUGACAUGGACAUCAUGCCAUACACACCUUCCCAAGCCUCUCCAAAGGUGAUGGGUUUAUCAAAGAGAGGAGCAAAGAGGAAAAUGAAUAUGAGUGGCUACAUUCUUUUCAGCAGCAAAAUACGGCCUUUCGUCAAAGCUCGGCACCCAGACCUUUCGUUCGGAGAGCUGAGUCGAUUAGUAGGCACAGAGUGGAGGAACCUCGAAGCUUCCAAAAAAGCAGUGUUUGAAGAGUGUGCCGCAAAACUUGCGGAACAGCAAGAACCCGAGAGGCCACCCCAAGAGCAAGCUUCCCCUCGAGCAGGGAAAAUCUACAAAUCUACAAAGAACUCCGAAUACCUCACCCCUCUUCAGCAGAAGUUGAAUGAGCUCUACGAUUCAGUGCAAAACUUUACUGACUGCAGAGGUCGUUGUCUAAGCAAGAUCUUCCACCAUCUUCAAAUUCAUUCCGAGUUGCCCGACGAUAACGCUGCAAUCAAGAAACCUAUUAACAUGGAGCGCAUCAGAAGCCAUAUGGCCACAUGCCGUUACCAAGACGUGGAUGCUCUGGUAGAGGACUUUGCUCUCAUGUUCAACUAUGUUUGCAUGUACAACGAGCCAGAGUCUCUGAUAUAUCGAGAUGCUUUAGUGCUGCAUCGGGUUUUACUGGAGACACGAAAGCAGCAAGGAGGGGAAGACUCUGGGCCCCCAGCAGUGAGGCUUCUGGUGAGGGAGCUCAUCAGGAACCUCUUUGUUUCUGUAAUGAGCCACCAGGACGAGGAGCGUCGAUGCUAUAGUGACUCGCUGGCCAAGAUUCCUGCUGUGGAUCCUGCUGCCCCUGAGAAACCACCUCUCAACUUUGAAAUAAUCCAAAUGAACGUGGAGCGUGGUCACUACAGGAGGCUGGACGUCUUUCAGGAGCACAUGUUUGAAGUGUUGAAGAAGGCAAGGAGGCUACACAGGACAGACUCAAAGAUAUUUGAAGAUGCAGUGGAGCUGCAGUACUUUUUAAUCAAGACCAGGGAUGAGUUAUGCAAGAAUGGAGAGAUCCUAAUGUCCACUGCACUCCAUUACACUUUGAAACUCUUACAAAGUGAUGUAGAUCUGGAAAAAAGAGAGAAAAUUCCCAGAGAGAUUGAGGAGGAUAAGAAAAAAGCAAAAGAGAAACGGGAGAAAAACAAAGAUAAAAAAGAGGGAACAACCCAUUAUGUACAAAGAGAUCCCUGGGAACCAAAUCCUCUUCUCAAGUAUGUAAAGGAAUGCUCCUUUGACAACAUCACCUACAGCGUGGGAGAAUUUGUCUAUGUAGAGCCAUCAGAAGUGUACUUCAAGCCUCACAUUGUCUGCAUUGAUCGUCUGUGGGAAGACAGCACUGGUGUGAUGUGGCUCUAUGGCUGCUGGUUAAAGCGGCCAAGUGAAACUAUUCACCAUGUUUCAAAAACGUUUCUGGAAAAAGAAGUCUUCAAGAGCUACUACUACAACAGAGUGCCCAUCAGUAAAGUUCUCGGCAAAUGUGUGGUUCUUUCUGUGAAGGAUUACUUCGAAAUGCAACCUGAGGGCUUCAAACCUAUAGAUGUGUAUGUGUGUAAGUCCCGCCAAGGUGUUAAAGCCAGGUCCUUCAAGAAAAUCAAAGUUUGGAACAUGCCACAGAGUCCAGUAAAGUUGGUGCGCCGGGUGGUGCCUCUGCCCGUCGUUUAUGCCUCCAGAUUUACAGAACCGGACCUGGACAAAGCGUCCUUCUCUCAUGCAAACCCCGGCAGUUUCGAGGACAAGGAGCGAGAGGAUGUUCCCAUGGAGAUAAAUGGAGCCGAGCCAGGCUGCCAGUACUUUGAACAGUUAUGCUACAAUAACAUGAGGUUUAAACUUGGAGACUGCGUAUAUAUCCAAUCACAUGGAUUGUCAAAGCCCCGGGUUGCCAGAAUUGAGAAGCUGUGGUUGCAGAAUGGAACCACCUUCUUCUUUGGACCUAUUUUCAUUCAUCCUGAGGAAACGGAGCACGAACCCACAAAGAUGUUUUACAAGAGAGAGGUUUUUCUAAGUCACCUGGAGGAAACCUUGCCCAUGACUUGUGUCCUAGGCAAAUGUAUGGUGUCCUCCUUUAAGGAGUACCUGUCAUGCAGACCUACAGAAUACACCGAGGAGGACAUCCUGCUGUGUGAGAGCAGCUACAUUGAGACAGAGAAACAAGUGAAAAAGUUAGAGGGUCUGAAGCGCUUCUCAUAUUCUUCCAAAGUGGUGGAGGAUGAGAUUUACUAUUUCAGAAAACUCUAUGAACCACAGAAGGAAGCUUCACCCUUUUUGGACAAGAAGAUAGAUGAGCUUGAACUUAAAUUGGCAGACAUGGACGAGGAUGAAUGUGCUCCUGUGACACCUUCAAUGCCUCAAAUGCAAAGCUCUCUGUCAAGUGACAUGGACAUCAUGCCAUACACACCUUCCCAAGCCUCUCCAAAGGUGAUGGGUUUAUCAAAGAGAGGAGCAAAGAGGAAAAUGAAUAUCAGUGGCUACAUUUUUUUCAGCAGCAAAAUGCGGGCUGUCUUCAAAGCUCGGCACCCAGACCUGUCGUUCGGAGAGUUGAGUCGAUUAGUAGGCACAGAGUGGAGGAACCUCGAAGCUUCCACAAAAGCAGAGUAUGAAGAGUGUGCCGCAAAACUUGCGGAACAGCAAGAACCCGAGAGGCCACCCCAGGAGCGAGCUUCCCCUCCUGCAGGUACCCCUGUGGGGGCACUGAUGGGGGUAGAUGAGCUUGAACUUAAACUGGCAGACAUGGAGGAUGGACAUGAUGACAUGGAAGACAUGGACAAGGAUGAUGAUGCUCCUGUGACACCUUCAAUGCCUCAAAUGCAAAGCUCUCUGUCAAGUGACAUGUACAUGAUUCCAUACACAGAGGAAGACUAUAGACCACCGGCAGUGGGUCGUCGGGUCAUGGAGCUCCUCAGGAAACUCUAUGUUUCUGUAAUGAGACACCAGAGCAGGAAGCACCGAUGCUAUAGUGACUUUCUGGCUGAGAUUCCUGCUGUGGAUCCUGCUGCCCCUGAAAAACCACCUCUCAACUUUGAAAUAAUCCGAAUGAACCUGGAGCGUGGUCGCUACAGGAGGCUGGACGUCUUUCAGGAGCACAUGUUUGAAGUGUUGAAGAAGGCAAGGAGGCUACACAGGACAGACUCAAAGAUAUUUGAAGAUGCAGUGGAGCUGCAGUACUUUUUAAUCAAGACCCGGGAUGAGUUAUGCAAGAAUGGAGAGAUCCUAAUGUCCACUGCACUCCGUUACACUUUGAAACACUUACAAAGUGAUGUAGAUCUGGAAAAAAGAGAGAAAAUUCCCAGAGAGAUUGAGGAGGAUAAGAAAAAAGCAAAAAAAGGGAAACGGGAGAAAAACAAAGAUAAAAAAGAGGGAACAACCCAUUAUGUACAAAUAGAUCCCUGGGUACCAAAUCCUCUUCUCAAGUAUGUAAAGGAAUGCUCCUUUGACAACAUCACCUACAGCGUGGGAGAAUUUGUCUAUGUGGAGCCAUCAGAAGUGUACUUCAAGCCUCACAUUGUCUGCAUUUAUCGUCUGUGGGAAGACAGCGCUGGUGUGAUGUGGCUCUAUGGCUGCUGGUUGAAGCGGCCAAGUGAAACUAUUCACUUGGCUUCACAAACGUUUCUGGAAAAAGAAGUCUUCAAGAGCUACUACUACAACAGAGUGCCCAUCAGUAAAGUUCUCGGCAAAUGUGUGGUUCUUUCUGUGAAGGAUUACUUCGAAAUGCAACCUGAGGGCUUCAAACCUGCAGAUGUGUAUGUGUGUGAGUCACGCUAUGGUGUUAAAGCCAGGUCCUUCACGAAAAUCCAAAAAUGGUCUUUGCCAAAGAGUCCAGUAAAGUUGGUGCCCCGGGAGGUGCCUCUGCCCGUCGUUCGUGUGCCCUCUAUGUUUGCCAAACCGAACCUGGACAAAGCGUCCUUCUCUCAUGCAAACCCCGGCAGUUUUGAGGACAAGGAGCGAGAGGAUGUUCCCAUGGAGAUAAAUGGAGCCGAGCCAGGCUGCCAGUACUUUGAACAGUUAUGCUACAAUAACAUGUGGUUUAAACUUGGAGACUGCGUAUAUAUCCAAUCACAUGGAUUGUCAAAGCCCCGGGUUGCCAGAAUUGAGAAGCUGUGGUUGCAGAAUGGAACCACCUUCUUCUUUGGACCUAUUUUCAUUCAUCCUGAGGAAACGGAGCACGAACCCACAAAGAUGUUUUACAAGAGAGAGGUUUUUCUAAGUCACCUGGAGGAAACCUUGCCCAUGACUUGUGUCCUAGGCAAAUGUAUGGUGUCCUCCUUUAAGGAGUACCUGUCAUGCAGACCUACAGAAUACACCGAGGAGGACAUCCUGGUGUAUGAGAGCAGCUACAUUGAGACAGAGAAACAAGUGAAAAAGUUAGAGGGUCUGAAGCGCUUCUCAUAUUCUUCCAAAGUGGUGGAGGAUGAGAUUUACUAUUUCAGGAAACUCUAUGUACCACAGAAGGAAGCUUCACCCUUUUUGGACAAGAAGAUAGAUGAGCUUGAACUUAAACUGGCAGACAUGGACGAGGAUGAAUGUGCUCCUGUGACACCUUCAAUGCCUCAAAUGCAAAGCUCUCUGUCAAGUGACAUGGACAUCAUGCCAUACACUGAGGAAGACUCUGGGUCACCGGCAGUGGGUCGUCGGGUCAUGGAGCUCCUCAGGGACCUCUAUGUUUCUGUUAUGGGACACCAGAAAAAGAAGCGCCGAUGCUAUAGUGACUUUCUGGCUGAGAUUCCUGCUGUGGAUCCUGCUGCCCCUGAGAAACCACCUCUCAACUUUGAAAUAAUCCGAAUGAACCUGGAGCGUGGUCGCUACAGGAGGCUGGACGUCUUUCAGGAGCACAUGUUUGAAGUGUUGAAGAAGGCAAGGAGGCUACACAGGACAGACUCAAAGAUAUUUGAAGAUGCAGUGGAGCUGCAGUACUUUUUAAUCAAGACCCGGGAUGAGUUAUGCAAGAAUGGAGAGAUCCUAAUGUCCACUGCACUCCGUUACACUUUGAAACACUUACAAAGUGAUGUAUAUCGGGAAAAAAGAGAGAAAAUUCCCAGAGAGAUUGAGGAGGAUAAGAAGAAAGCAAAAGAGAAACGGGAGAAAAACAAAGAUAAAAAAGAGGGAACAACCCAUUAUGUACAAAGAGAUCCCUGGGUACCAAAUCCUCUUCUCAAGUAUGUAAAGGAAUGCUCCUUUGACAACAUCACCUACAGCGUGGGAGAAUUUGUCUAUGUGGAGCCAUCAGAAGUGUACUUCAAGCCUCACAUUGUCUGCAUUGAUCGUCUGUGGGAAGACAGCGCUGGUGUGAUGUGGCUCUAUGGCUGCUGGUUGAAGCGGCCAAGUGAAACUUAUCACUUGGAUUCACAAACGUUUCUGGAAAAAGAAGUCUUCAGGAGCUACUACUGCAACAGAGUUCCAGUCAGUAAAGUUCUCGGCAAAUGUGUGGUUCUUUCUGUGAAGGAUUACUUCGAAAUGCAACCUGAGGGCUUCAAACCUGCAGAUGUGUAUGUGUGUGAGUCACGCUAUGUUGGUAGUGGAGCCAGGUCCUUCAAGAUUAAAAUUUGGACCUUGCCACAGAGUCCAGUAAAGUUGGUGCCCCGGGAGGUGCCUCUGCCCGUCGUUCGUGUGCCCUCUAUGUUUGCCAAACCGGACCUGGACAAAGCGUCCUUCUCUCAUGCAAACCUCUGCAGUUUUGAGGACAAGGAGCGAGAGGAUGUUCCCAUGGAGAUAAAUGAAGCCGAGCCAGGCUGCCAGUACUUUGAACAGUUAUACUACAAUAAUAUGUGGUUUAAACUUGGAGACUGCGUUUACAUCCAGUCAGAUGGAUUGUCAAAGCCCCGGGUUGCCAGAAUUGAGAAGCUGUGGUUGCAGAAUGGAACCACCUUCUUCUUUGGACCUAUUUUCAUUCAUCCUGAGGAAACGGAGCACGAACCCACAAAGAUGUUUUACAAGAGAGAGGUUUUUCUAAGUCACCUGGAGGAAACCUUGCCCAUGACUUGUGUCCUAGGCAAAUGUAUGGUGUCCUCCUUUAAGGAGUACCUGUCAUGCAGACCUACAGAAUACACCGAGGAGGACAUCCUGCUGUGUGAGAGCAGCUACAUUGAGACAGAGAAACAAGUGAAAAAGUUAGAGGGUCUGAAGCGCUUCUCAUAUUCUGCCAAAGUGGUGGAGGAUGAGAUUUACUAUUUCAGGAAACUCUAUGUACCACCGGAGGAAGCUUCGCUGUUUUUUUUUUCUCCUGUGACACAUUCAAUGCCUCAAAUGCAAAGUUCUCGGUCAAGUGACAUGGACAUGAUGCCAUACACUGAGGAAGACUCUGGGCCACCGCCAGUGGGUCGUCGGGUCAUGGAGCUCCUCAGGGACCUCUAUGUUUCUGUAAUGAGCCACCAGAACAAGAAGUGCCGAUGCUAUAGUGACUUUCUGGCUGAGAUUCCUGCUGUGGAUCCUGCUGCCCCUGAGAAACCACCUCUCAACUUUGAAAUAAUCCGAAUGAACCUGGAGCGUGGUCGCUACAGGAGGCUGGACGUCUUUCAGGAGCACAUGUUUGAAGUGUUGAAGAAGGCACGGAGGCUACACAGGACAGACUCAAAGAUAUUUGAAGAUGCAGUGGAGCUGCAGUACUUUUUAAUCAAGACCCGGGAUGAGUUAUGCAAGAAUGGAGAGAUCCUAAUGUCCACUGCACUCCGUUACACUUUGAAACACUUACAAAGUGAUGUAUAUCGGGAAAAAAGAGAGAAAAUUCCCAGAGAGAUUGAGGAGGAUAAGAAGAAAACAAAAGAGAAACGGGAGAAAAACAAAGAUAAAAAAGAGGGAACAACCCAUUAUGUACAAAGAGAUCCCUGGGUACCAAAUCCGCUUCUCAAGUAUGUAAAGGAAUGCUCCUUUGACAACAUCACCUACAGCGUGGGAGAAUUUGUCUAUGUGGAGCCAUCAGAAGUGUACUUCAAGCCUCACAUUGUCUGCAUUGAUCGUCUGUGGGAAGACAGCACUGGUGUGAUGUGGCUCUAUGGCUGCUGGUUGAAGCGGCCAAGUGAAACUUAUCACUUGGAUUCACAAACGUUUCUGGAAAAAGAAGUCUUCAGGAGCUACUACUGCAACAGAGUUCCAGUCAGUAAAGUUCUCGGCAAAUGUGUGGUUCUUUCUGUGAAGGAUUACUUCGAAAUGCAACCUGAGGGCUUCAAACCUGCAGAUGUGUAUGUGUGUGAGUCACGCUAUGUUGGUAGUGGAGCCAGGUCCUUCAAGAUUAAAAUUUGGACCUUGCCACAGAGUCCAGUAAAGUUGGUGCCCCGGGAGGUGCCUCUGCCCGUCGUUCGUGUGCCCUCUAUGUUUGCCAAACCGGACCUGGACAAAGCGUCCUUCUCUCAUGCAAACCCCGGCAGUUUUGAGGACAAGGAGCGAGAGGAUGUUCCCAUGGAGAUAAAUGAAGCCGAGCCAGGCUGCCAGUACUUUGAACAGUUAUGCUACAAUAAUAUGUGGUUUAAACUUGGAGACUGCGUUUACAUCCAGUCAGAUGGAUUGUCAAAGCCCCGGGUUGCCAGAAUUGAGAAGCUGUGGUUGCAGAAUGGAGCCACCUUCUUCUUUGGACCUAUUUUCAUUCAUCCUGAGGAAACGGAGCACGAACCCACAAAGAUGUUUAACAAGAGAGAGGUUUUUCUAAGUCACCUGGAGGAAACCUUGCCCAUGACUUGUGUCCUAGGCAAAUGUAUGGUGUCCUCCUUUAAGGAGUACCUGUCAUGCAGACCUACAGAAUACACCGAGGAGGACAUCCUGCUGUGUGAGAGCAGCUACAUUGAGACAGAGAAACAAGUGAAAAAGUUAGAGGGUCUGAAGCGCUUCUCAUAUUCUGCCAAAGUGGUGGAGGAUGAGAUUUACUAUUUCAGGAAACUCUAUGUACCACCGGAGGAAGCUUCGCUGUUUUUUUUUUCUCCUGUGACACAUUCAAUGCCUCAAAUGCAAAGUUCUCGGUCAAGUGACAUGGACAUGAUGCCAUACACUGAGGAAGACUCUGGGCCACCGCCAGUGGGUCGUCGGGUCAUGGAGCUCCUCAGGGACCUCUAUGUUUCUGUAAUGAGCCACCAGAACAAGAAGUGCCGAUGCUAUAGUGACUUUCUGGCUGAGAUUCCUGCUGUGGAUCCUGCUGCCCCUGAGAAACCACCUCUCAACUUUGAAAUAAUCCGAAUGAACUUGGAGCGUGGUCGCUACAGGAGGCUGGACGUCUUUCAGGAGCACAUGUUUGAAGUGUUGAAGAGGGCAAGGAGGCUACACAGGACAGACUCAAAGAUAUUUGAAGAUGCAGAGGAGCUGCAGUUCUUUUUAAUCAAGACCAGGGAUGAGUUAUGCAAGAAUGGAGAGAUCCUAAUGUCCACUGCACUCCGUUACACUUUGAAACACUUGCAAAGUGAUGUAGAUCUGGAAAAAAGAGAGAAAAUUCCCAGAGAGAUUGAGGAGGAUAAGAAAAAAGCAAAAGAGAAACGGGAGAAAAACAAAGAUAAAAAAGAGGGAACAACCCGUUUUGUACAAAGAGAUCCCUGGAAACCAAAUCCUCUUCUCAAGUAUGUAAAGGAAUGCUCCUUUGACAACAUCACCUACAGCGUGGGAGAAUUUGUCUAUGUGGAGCCAUCAGAAGUGUACUUCAAGCCUCACAUUGUCUGCAUUGAUCGUCUGUGGGAAGACAGCACUGGUGUGAUGUGGCUCUAUGGCUCCUGGUUCAAGCGGCCAAGUGAAACUAUUCACUUGGCUUCACAAACGUUUCUGGAAAAAGAAGUCUUCAGGAGCUACUACUACAACAAAGUGCCCAUCAGUAAAGUUCUCGGCAAAUGUGUGGUUGUUUUUGAGAAGGAUUACUUCGAAAUGCAACCUGAGGGCUUCAAACCUGCAGAUGUGUAUGUGUGUGAAGCCCGCUAUGUUGGUAAAAUUAAGCCCUUCAAGAAAAUCCAAAUUUGGACCUUGCCACAGAGUCCAGUAAAGUUGGUGCCCCGGGAGGUGCCUCUGCCCGUCGUCCGUGUGCCCUCCAUGUUUGCCAAACCGAACCUGGACAAAGCAUCCUUCUCUCAUGCAAACCCCGGCAGUUUCGAGGACAAGGUGCGAGAGGAUGUUCCCAUGGAGAUAAAUGGAGCCGAGCCAGGCUGCCAGUACUUUGAACAGUUAUGCUACAAUAAUAUGUGGUUUAAACUUGGAGACUGUGUUUACAUCCAGUCAGAUGGAUUGUCAAAGCCCCGGGUUGCAAGAAUUGAGAAGCUGUGGUUGCAGAAUGGAACCACCUUCUUCUUUGGACCUAUUUUCAUUCAUCCUGAGGAAACGGAGCACGAACCCACAAAGAUGUUUUACAAGAGAGAGGUUUUUCUAAGUCAGCUGGAGGAAACCUUGCCCAUGACUUGUGUCCUAGGCAAAUGUAUGGUGUCCUCCUUUAAGGAGUACCUGUCAUGCAGACCUACAGAAUACACCGAGGAGGACAUCCUGCUGUGUGAGAGCAGCUACAUUGAGACAGAGAAACAAGUGAAAAAGUUAGAGGGUCUGAAGCGCUUCUCAUAUUCUGCCAAAGUGGUGGAGGAUGAGAUUUACUAUUUCAGGAAACUCUAUGAACCACAGAAGGAAGCUUCACCCUUUUUGGACAAGAAGAUAGAUGAGCUUGAACCUAAACUGGUAGACAUAGAGGAUGGAUAUGAUGACAUGGAAGACAUGGACGAGAAGAUAGAUGAGCUUAAACUGGCAGACAUGGAGGAUGGAGAUGAUGACAUGGAAGACAAGGAUGAGAAGAUAGAUGAGCUUGAACCUAAACUGGUAGACAUGGAGUAUGCAGAGGGUGACAUGGAAGUCAAGGACAAGGAUGAUGAUGUUCCUGUGACACCUUCGAUGCCUCAAAUGCAAAGCCCUCUGUCAAGUGACAUAGACAUCAUGCCAUACACACCUUCCCAAGCCUCUCCAAAUGUGAUGGGUUUAUCAAAGAAGGAAGGAGCAAGGAGGAAAAUGAAUACGAAUGGCUACAUUCUUUUCAGCGGCGAAAUGCUGGCUUUCAUCAAGGAUCGGCACCCAGACCUUUCGUUCGGAGAGCUGAGUCGAUUACUAAGCACAGAGUGGAGGAACCUCGAAGCUUCCAAAAAAGCAGAGUAUGAAGAAUGUGCCGCAAAACUUUUGGAACAGCAAGAACCCGAGAGGCCACCCCAGGAGCAAGCUUCUCCUUGAGCAGGUCCCCCUGUGGGGGCACUGAUGGGGGUAGUGCCUUCGCCUAGCACAAUGGGAAUGAUAAACCAGACUAUGCUACCUGUGUCAGGUAACCCCUCUGUGUUUGUCAAUGUGCUCACCAAAUAAUGUUACGAGGCCUCGUUUCCAUCGGUCACAGGAUUUGUAGUCUACUCGAAGCACUACUGACCGAACUUCUGGUAAAAAAAAUCCAUGCCGUGUCUCGAAUGCCUAUUUUGUCACAAAAAAGCGACAAAAUGUUCUUUUUUUCAUUUUAGCUGUAGUUAAGUUCUUAUAAAUACUGAUGGUAUUUUGUUCUAUUGUAUCUAAUCCUGUUGUUAGUCAUAUUUACCACAAACACAGUACUUUUGGGUUUUAAACUAAUCAAGUUCAAUACUAUUUCAACUUAGACCAAUUUUCGAAAACACUAAGGUCCUUCUAUGUGUGGAUGCUCCAAAUGUUCUACCAGUUUGUUGUGGCCAUUUACCAUAGAAACUCACUUGAUGACUGUUUUUCUAAAAGCUUUUAUCCGAACUGAAUGUUUCCGUUAUUGUCAUUCAUUGUUUGUUAUUGAGUGAUUGUUGAAUUUCCCAAGCUGGGAUCAAUAAAAUAUCUUUAUCUUAUCUUU